ACGCACUCCGUAGAUAGACUUUGCGCGAGGCUGCUUUCAGCAAUUAGUUAAGGUGUGGCUGAACCUUAACCCUGAAUUCACGUGGAGAAGUCCCAAAUAGUCGACAGCUGGCAUUGGCUUCCAGAAGAAAACCAUGUGCACUUGAUACAGUCGCCUUGUUGGCGCAAACGACAAACGACAAGAUGCGUUGGAGCAGCUCCAUCCUGUGCUUGCUCAGCGGCUUGCUGGUUUCUGCUCAAGACGCGCCGCAAGUCUUUACGCAGGCCUCCAACGACUCCUUACUAUGGGGCGCCUACCGACCCAAUGUCUACUUUGGCCUCCGCUCACGCCUGCCCACUUCCCUGACCACGGCGCUCAUGUGGAGUCGAGCGGAGCACUAUGAGACCAUGGCCAACACCUUCCGAUACACUUGCGAGCAACAUUCUGGGAUCAAGGGGUACGGAUGGGAUGUAUACGAUCCGAGAACCGGUGGGGUGCAGACUAUCCGAGAUCAGGAGAAUGGCAUUGACUUGGAGACGAGUUUUGUCAAGUUUGACGAAGGAAGAGGCGGGUGGGGCGCGCGAAUCAAAGGAACAGUGAGGGACGAUGCACAGCCUGGUUCAGGGAGUCAGAAUGGAGUCAAGGAGCAGUUGAAGACCAUGUUGCUCUUUACCGUUGGAGUCGAGGGAGAAAGAAGUGUAUCCAAGGUAGUAGACACCGAGGCGGCAAAUGACAAUGGCUUCAAGGGCGAUGUCACUAUUGAGGGACAGGGUGAAAGUAUGGGCCCUUUCCGAAUCACAAUCACAGAGCCGGAAAGCAAUUCACAUCCGGUACACAAUCAUCCUUCAUAUCAGGCAAAGCCAUUGGAUCGUACCUACGUGCACUCCAUGAUGAUGCCUCAGGAAGCCCUGUGGCAAGGGAAAGCUCUCGCUUUCCGUUCCAUGAAGGCAACCAUCGACCAAUACGGAGAAGAAUACACCGAAAACACCAUGCCCCCGCCGUGGCAAACGUACACCAUUUCGCACGAGCCGGGAGCCGGAAACGUGCACCUCAUCCAAAAGUCAUACGAUGGAGACUUUCAGUUUGACGUGUUCUUUACUCCCUCUACGCAGGGCAUUCAGCCCACCAGCAAAGACCUUACCAAAGCUAUUCAGAAAGUGACGGAAGACUUCAACGCCAAAUACGCAGCGGUGCUGGCCCCGCAAGCGCCAUUCACGGGGAAACAAUACCUGCCCUUCAGCAAAGCCCUGUUCUCCAACCUCAUCGGCGGCAUCGGCUACUUUCACGGCGAACACCUCGUGGACCGCUCGUAUGCUCCCGAGUAUGAAGAGGAGAACGAAGCUUUCCACUUCGCCACUGCAGAAGCCCGCGCCCGCAACCAGCAGAAAGUGGAAGGUCCAUAUACGCUAUACACCUCCGUUCCCAGUCGACCUUUCUUCCCUCGUGGGUUCCUAUGGGACGAGGGAUUCCAUUUGCUACCCAUUUUGGACUUUGACCCAGAAGUCGCAAUGCAGAUUGUGAGCUCGUGGUUUGAGGGAUUGAUGGACGAGGAUGGUUGGAUUCCUAGGGAGGUCAUCUUGGGCCAGGAGGCGGCAAGCAAGGUGCCCGCCGAGUUCCAAGUGCAAUAUCCGCACUAUGCCAAUCCACCGACUCUUUUCAUGGUGCUCGAGGCUCUAUUGGACAAGGCGAAGUAUGGCAGUGGUGAAAACGCCCUGGAUCAAGGACUGUUGAAAGCCUGGCUUGAACGCCUUUACCCUCUCCUCCAGCGAAACUACGAAUGGUAUCGAGAGACCCAAUACGGAGAUCUGAAAGGGUACGAUCGAGGGGAGAUUCGUAGCAGAAAGGAGGGAUAUCGUUGGCGCGGCAGAACACCCCAACACAUCCUGACCUCUGGCCUGGACGACUAUCCUCGUGCUCAGCCCCCACACCCGGGCGAGCUGCACACGGACCUGCUUUCGUGGAUAGGCAUGAUGACACGCGCGCUUCGACGCGUUGCCUCUUUCCUCGGCCAGAGCGACGAUGCCGAGAAAUACGGCAAAACGCUCGAGGCGAUCAAACGCAACGUGGACGACUUGCAUUGGGACCAGGGCAAUCGCACGUACUGCGACGUGACGGUCGACGACUUCGAAGAAAGCAUCCAUGUCUGUCACAAAGGCUACAUUUCCCUCUUCCCGUUCCUGACGGGGUUAAUGGGGCCGGAGCACAAGCAUUUGGGCGCAAUGCUGGAUUUGAUCGCGGAUGAGAAUGAGCUGUGGUCCCCAUUCGGCAUUCGUAGUCUAAGUAAGAGUGACGAGCUGUAUGGGACGGAGGAGAACUACUGGAGGAGUCCGGUGUGGAUGAACAUUAACUAUCUGGUUCUUGAGAAUCUUCUGCGCAUUGCCGAGAUCUCCGGGCCGCACGCACCGAGGGCAACGAGAAUGUACACUGCCUUGCGCCAAAACCUGGUCUCGACGGUGUACAGAGGUUGGGAGAAGACCGGGUUCGCGUGGGAGCAAUACAACCCGGAAAGUGGCGAAGGGCAGCGGACGCAGCACUUCACCGGCUGGACGAGUCUGGUUGUAAAGAUGAUGGCCAUGCCCGAGACUCCCGUGGUGGGAAGAGCAGGCGGCAGACACGAUGAACUGUAGACAGCGUGUCCCGUAUGGACCACGAACAGAUCCUUCCCAUUUAGGCCAAGCGUGGUGGACUGUAGUAGGGAUGCACGCGGCGAAUUGCUCGGCGGAUCGCUGUGGGGAAGAACACGAGGGCGCCUGCCUACCUUACCUCUACCAA